UGUGCAACCUUGUUAUUCAGCUAGCUUCAUUCAAGUCGAUUGAGUUCUCAAAACAAAUACGCACAAGUUGAAUACAUAACACCGAAUCGCCGAAUACGUGUAAUAAAUCUCUUCAAUUCUCAUUGUUUAAUGUUUGUUCUUAAAGCGUUUUCCGCAGUUAUUUAAUAGAAAACUGCUUGCAUUGUGUAAAAACAUUGCAUAGGAACGCUUUAGGAGAUUUCAGCCGGUUUAGCAAUGGAAGUCGACCGCAUCGCUUCCGAUUCUGAAAACGUGGCGGUGGAUGAAAAUGAUAAGAGUGUGGUAGAAGGAGGCGCCGGGGACGCCGCUAGCUCUCAUACCGGUCGCAUUAAGCGUAAAAACAGAAAAUAUGGUAGAAGCAACAGCAAAGAGGCGGUCGGCGUGGUAUCAACACCAUUGCCGAAGUAUAGGAGCUGGAAAAACUGCCGCAGGCCGCGAAAUGGCCACGGCAGAGGCCUGCCUAAGAAAGGUGGUGCAGGAGGCAAGGGUGUGUGGGGUGCCCCUGGAUGUGAGCUUCUGGAGGAGUAUGUUGAAGACGCUAAUGACCCCAACUACGAUUCCGAAGCUGUCAGCAACGGUGAUAUCGAGUUUAAACAGGUCAUCGUUGAAGCGGAUCCCGAGGAAGUCGUGAGAAAAUCAGAGCCUGUUAUAUUGGAGUAUUUCGAGCAUGGGGAUACAAACGCAGCUGCGGAAGAUUUAUUGGAGUUUGUCACCGCCAAGAGGAGUCACUUGGUGUGUGAGACGAUUGUGGAGAUAGCUUUGGACCAUAAGCCGUCUCAUUGCGAGAUGGCCUCCGUCCUGAUUUCUGAUCUCUAUGGCAGGAUUUUCUCUGCCAAGGAUAUUGCUUAUGCAUUUGAGAGGCUAAUGGAGAAGCUGCCGGACUUGGUGCUGGACACACCGGACGCGGCCGUGCUGCUGUCCAACUUCAUAGCGCGCUGCGUCGCUGACGACUGUCUGCCGCCGCGCUUCGUGCACACGCCAUCGCACAAAGAGCUCAACUCGCACGCCAGGCAAGCGAUUCAACGUGCGGAGACUCUGCUCUCUAUGAAGCAGGGUCUCGUCAGGUUGGAUAACAUCUGGGGUGUCGGUGGUGGCAUCAGGCCAGUGAAAUGGUUGAUCCGUCAGAUCCAGUUGCUCCUGAAGGAGUACCUCACCUCAGGUGAUUUAGCUGAAGCGAUGCGAUGUGUCAGAGAAUUGGAGGUGCCACAUUUCCAUCAUGAGCUUGUAUACGAGACGGUGUUGCUAGCUGUAGAAGCUAUAAAUUCUAGUGUUGAAGACCAGCUUUGUACAUUUUUAGCUGAGUUACGAAGAUGUGUUAUUGUAACACCGGAUCAAAUGGAUAGGGGUUUCCUCCGUGUGUUGGAAGAUAUGUCUGAUAUAGUACUGGAUGUUCCGCUCGCAUACAUAAUGUUGGACCGCUUUGUAGAACGUUGUCAGAUGAAGUUCCGUUUGGGAGAUGAAGUGCUGAAGAGGAUGCCAACCAGAGGCCGUAAGCGUUUCGUGUCUGAAGGCGAUGGUGGCGCCAUCAAAGAUCACGCGUUGAAACUUCGCGAAUAACUCAUAUAUUAUAUGAUAUAUAUCUAAUAUACUAAAAACUCGAGAUACAAAUA